CAGUUUGUCGGUCUCUUUCGUCCUGACCACGGCACAUUCUAACCCUAUUUACACUCAAGACGUCUGUCUUGCUUCCCGUCUUCCAUCCUAUCUUGCUGUUCUCAUACUUCCAGCUCUCACGAAAUCACAGCGAGAACAUCAGCAGCACCAACACUCAUCAGACGUACCUGGCAUCAAAAUGGCAUCCAUUGAUCCAAACGUGCAGCUGUAUGUGUGUACAGAGGGAGAGAAAGCCGUUUCAGCGCUUCCAGAACCCGAGAACAAGAAGCCCAGUCCUCCCACGGUCUCCAAGUGCGGCUGUACAGGCGACUGCGGGUCAAAAAGGUGCGGCUGUGUUAAAAAAGGCUCGGCCUGUGGGGACUCCUGCAAGUGUACCGGCUGUAAAAACCCCUUCAACAUCCUCCAGGAGUACGGCAUCGACUGUGCCGCAGCAGCCAGGGACAAGUGUCUCAUGGACAACAUCUUCAAGAUAGAAGACCUACGCGGACGCCUGGAGGAGACUCUUGAGCUUGACUACUGCUGUGAAGUAGAGGUCCAGCUGAAGGACAUGAUCCCUGGGUAUGCCGAAUGCCCCGCGCCAGGUUGUCGUACUGAGUUCAGAUACUCCUGGUGUCGGAAUGAUUUCUUCCAGUCGACGUGUCGGGGCAUGAAGCACUGUGAGAAGUGUCGCGACUGUGUGGACGACGGGGACAGGCACUGUGACGACUGCCACACGUGCUACUUUGAAGGCAUGUCGUGUUUCCAGUGCCCGUGUAAGGGACCGGACGAGACCGGGCUCUAUCCCGAUUACGUCGUGCCGAUGCAUCCUAUUGAAGGCAUGAUGCUUGCCCGGGAAAUGAUGGCUGAGUUACUCGGUGACGACUUUACAGAUGAAGAUAUUGACUGGUCAGAAGACGACAGCGAAGACAGUGACUCAUCGAAUGAUGGGCACAUCUUGUAAAACGUGACGGCUCAGUGAGAGGAAAGAUCUGCAAAAUUAAAACGAACAUUUUUUCUGCUUUCCUCGUUGCUAAUGUUACUACUCAUGCAUUUAAUUUCCAUGUUAAAACUGGGCCAUAUGAUAUUUGAUAUACAUUGUAUCCACUGUAACUUAGUAGUAGACUAAGUGUACCAUGAAGUUUCUAUAUGAGUAGUCUGUAAUAUCAAUAUGUCUUGUGAGUUAAUAAGUUGUACUCAUUUGAUCGAUGUGGCCUCAUAUUUUGAGAACAUAUUGCGACAGAGAUUAUAGUUGAAAGGAAACUACCACCAUGUACUAGUGUUUAAGGAAUAGUAGUAGUAGUGGACCAUGAAUUCGCCGUGAGUAGUCUGUAAUAUAAAUUUCUUGCUUGUUAGUAUGUUGUACUUAUUUUAUCGAUGUGGCCUUAUGUCAUAUUUCGAGGACAUAUUGCCACAGAGAUUAUAGUUAAAAGGAAACUACGUAUACCACCCCGUGUACUGGUGUUUAAA